UGAAGAAGUUUUCCACUUUUUCGAUGAGUUCUUGAACGGGCGGCGGCACCAACGCCACCAUUGAUGCAAAAUGGAAAUAGGAAAAAUAGAAAGUGCAAUUGUAGCGGUAAAUAGGUGUGGAACCGAAUCUGCUGGAGAAGAGAAAACUGCACAAAGUGGAUUUGGAUGUUUGCGCAUGGAAGAAAAAGUGCUGAACAGUGGCUAGGAAUUGUGUGCACAAAUAAAUGCCACUGGCAAAAUAUAUUGAAGGAAUUGACAUGGACAAGCAGAGGAACCCAAUAGCAAGAAACAUUUAGCGGAGCGUAGGGUGACGGAACUCAAGCAAGUGUGUGCGAAAAGAAAGUUGAGGAGAAGCGCGGCGUGCAUGCGUUUGCUUUGCAUAGCAUUAGUGUUUUAUUUUUGGAUAAUAUAAAAAUAUAAAAAGAAAAGUCACAAAAUACCAAAUAUCGAGAGCAUUAUUAGGCUAAAUAGCACAUUUACUUGGUCGUUUGCGAUGUUGCUGGCAAAAGAAGAUUAGGGCUAGGCAACGAACUUAUAGAAAAAUGAACUGAACUAGCAAAUGCCACGGUUUUAAAUGAGUAAGUUUGAUAAAUGAUUUGCUGGUAGAUAUUGAAAGAAAAGCUCAUUGAAAAAGUGAAAAAAGCAGUGAAUACGAAAUGGAAAACGAGAAGUUACGCAUCACACUAAGCAACCCGGAAAAGGUGUAUUCUGCGGGUGAAACAAUAAAAGGCGAAAUUUGGUUAAAUCUAGCCAAGCGCACAAAAAUACGGGCUAUAAAAGUUCAAAUCACCGGCAAAGGUAAAUGCAAAUGGAUGGAAAUAUUGCGUAAGAAUUCCAACAACGAAUCAGCGCGUAGUCUCUUCUAUUCCAGCAAAGAAAUUUAUGCGCACAACGAACACACACUUCCCGUCUUUGAGCCGCGUGGCAUUGAACUGAGUCCCGGCGAGCAUACAUUCGAAUUUACAGUACCACUCGAAUGGAACCUACCUUCCAGUUUUAAGGGUAGCUACGGCUCCAUCAAGUAUAAGCUGCGCUUACUCAUCCAACGACCAUGGACCUUUGAUGAACGCCAUAUAAUACCAUUGACGAUAUUGAAACAUAUGCCACUCUCGUCAUGUUAUCGAUCGAAUCCCACCUCGCUGGAGAAGCAAAUCACCAAGACUAUUAGUCUCUUUGGCACACGUCCCAUCACAAUGCUGGCAUUGUUGCCCGAAGAUUCGGCGGUGCGUGGCGAGCCAUUGCGCAUUUGUGUCACAGUUACUAACAACAGCACAACGAAUGUGGAAAAGUUACGUUUCAGCGUGCUACAAUAUAUUUGGUAUUACAGCCAUGUACCGUUGCGGGUGCAGAAAAUGGAAUGCGUGACAAUUGCCAAUAAAGAGACUGGUGCAGUGCACAAGAAGAGCGAACGUUCCUUCGCGCAUGAGCUGAUGAUACCGCCCACAGCGCAGCCAACAGACGAUGAACUGAGUGGCGUAAUAAAUAUAUCAUAUGAAUUGCGCGUCGAAGCGGUACUACGUGGCUUCUUCAAGAAUCUUGUACUUAAUUUGCCCUUUAAGAUGUAUUCACGUAGUACUGGUGGUGAGUUGAAUAACUUAUCUGGUCGUCCACCACGACCACCACCACGAUAUGGCAAUCGGAAUAGUGUCAGCAUUGGUAUGGUAGCAAACGUAACAACUAGUAGUGCUGGAAAUCCAUUUGAGAAUAGCGGCACUCCCCUGACUGUUGCAACUUAUCCUUCGCUCGACUCAUCAAUCGGUUCGCCAUCUCACUCAUCACAAUACAGCGAAUCCAGUUCAAUACAUUCGAUCACUUCCGACUCCUCGGCGGCCACCUUGAGCCCCGCUGUAUGUGCCGCAGAACUCUCGUACGCUUCAGGUACAUCAUCGCAAUUCAAUAGUCCUUCGGCGCGUGCUAGUCUACGCAGUUCAACGGUGCCCUAUGUCAUGUAUCCACCGAGCAGUAGUCCUCUCAUGAUUAACUCUUAUCCGCCAGCACAAGUGCCCACAUAUCCGCCGCUCUCUGAAUCGCCUGGUUAUUCAUUGAUGCAACUGCCAGCAGGUGUGUCGCCGCCGCCGCCACCACCUACAGAAAUGCCUUCGCCUACUGCGUCAUUGACAACUACACUGCCACGUCAGGAAUCUUCCACAUCGUCGACGUCAGCUGCAGCGCGAUCGUCGUUUCUGCAUGGACUACAUCCGCCAGGAGCGCACGAACUGCCACCUUCCUAUGAAGAACUCUUCGGCUCCGCCACUGCGCCACCUGAGACGCCCAAAUGAUACAGUGACUAUUUGUAAGAAAUAUUGUAAGAA